AUGGAUGGGAAUCGGAGACAGAGCCAGAUCGCCAACAUCCUGGCGCGCCACGUCACAGGAUUGAAAUUCAUCAACAUUAAUGGAGUCUUGGAAGAUAUGAGGGCCCAGGGUGUCAUCGAACGUCACGAGUUCUUCGGCACCAUCCGCAAGAGCGACCAAAAGAAACUCCUGUUCCUCCAGAAUAUCGUGCCCUUGAGAGCAGACAAGGCAUUCCCGGCGCUCCUGGAUUCCCUUGGGAAGCGAGGACACAUUGCUCUCGCUAAAUCCCUCCACCGUGAAAUAGAUUUUGGGGUAGCCCUGAGACACUUCAAGAGCACGUUCAAGGACAAAAGCACGCUGAUAGACGUGAACCUCUUCAUCGAUGCCCUGGCGGAGAAAGGCGUCAUUUCGGUGGCGCAAGAAAUUGAGCUAAAGAGGAAAAAAACCUACAAUGGGAAAGUGGAUGCAGUUUUCUUCAUCCUUUUCCAAAGGAAUCCCAAACCGACUUUCCAAACAGUUGUGGACAUUAUGAGUGAAAUGAGGAGGGAAGAUAUUGUCUUAAGGCUACAACAGGAUCUCGAGUUACUUUUGGAUCCCAUCAGACCAUCUGCACAAAGUGCUCAAACUGAGACUGUUGACUCAGAAAAAAGAGGCAACCGACAUGCAGCCCAUUCAAGAAAGUUAGAGCUUGGUGUGUCUUCAUCUGAAGUCAUUCCUCAAGAGGAAUCUGAUGAAGUAGAUGGAAAAGCGACGGUCAAUAGCCUGCUGACAAGACCUCGAGAAAUUUUUCUUCUCAUCACCGUGUUCGUCAUUGUUAUGGCCCUUGCUGCCCUUCCCAUUUCAUCUUCCUUUGUUUAGUUUAUAUUCCUUGCUGUAGGCCUGCUCCUCUUUUGUGGUACACAGAGUGCAUUUUGAUACAUAUGGAGGUAUUUAUGCGAGAAUUUCAUGACUAAUUUGUUCAACUCUGCACACCAAUCUUCCGUUAUAAAUUAUUUAUG